CGUAAAUGGACGGAGCUGAAACGAGAAGAAUCAUCUUCUGCCGAGACAAAUUUGGCGGUUUGAAACCAUCCAAAAAAAGACUAGUUAAACCAGGGGCCGAUCGAUACCCAACUAAUUUUUCGGAAAUUUUGCAGCUUCAGAGCGCGGGGUUUGCUUCCUUCCUUGUUCCUUCUCCUUCCUCCCAAUACCAGAAGAGCUCAAUCCUUCUACCUGACCCAAAAAAUUGAAAAAAACAAAAAUUAAGGGGUAAAGAAAGAGACGAAGGGAACCCAAAAGGAAACAACGUCGAGGAGUCGACGAACAGAGACAAAAUGGUUCCUCCCUGUCUCUCUGUAGCUUUCGGGAGAGACGAGGAGGUUAGAGAACCGGAAUCGGCAUUGCCAGCAGCUUGUUGUUUCAGGUAGACGAGAAGAAGAAGAAGAAGAAAGAAUCUGAAGCCGAAAGAAGAAGAAAUCACGUAACUCAUUGAAGAUGUGGAUGCCAAGAACAAUCACGGAAAGGAAGGAUGCCGGUAAUGGCGUGGUGGCGGUGGCAGUAGACAAGGACAAAACCAGCCAAAACGCCCUCAAAUGGGCUAUCGACAAUGUUCUCCAGAGAGGCCAGACCGUGAUUCUCAUUCAUGUCAAAGUUAAGCAGCAGCCUCAAUCCUCCUCUGCUCCCAGAAUGAACCAGGUGAUUGAUGCCAAUGGUGAAAGCUCGUUGGUUUGCAGAAACCCUGAUUCACAAACCAGGGAGUUGUUCCUUCCUUUUCGAUGCUUCUGCACUCGUAAAGACAUUCAAUGUCAAGACAUUGUGCUGGAAGAUUCAGAUGUAGCAAAAGCAUUGAUCGAGUAUUCGAAUCAGAUGGCGAUUGAGACCUUAGUAUUGGGGGCCGGCUCCAAAGGGGGCUUGUUCAGAUUCAAGACCACAGACAUACCUGGGACUGUGUCGAAAGGGGCACCUGAUUUUUGUACAGUGUAUGUUAUAUCCAAAACCAAAAUCCAGUCUGCAAGAUCUGCUUCUCGUCCUGCUCCCCAAAUCUCUCCUUUCCGCAAUGUCUCUAGCCAAUCAAGCAUUAAAUCCAGUUCAUCAGACCAUUCUGUCCCGCCAGCUAGAAGAGGCGAGAGGCCUCCAAUAGAUCCACCACGGAAAUCGAGUAGUGAGAAUUCAGAUUUUUUCAGGUCUCCAUUGACGAGGAAAGGUGUGAAUGUGAAAUCAUAUGGUGAUAUAAACUUGGCCGAAACAGAUAUAUCAUUUGUUAGCUCCGGAAGACCAAGCAUUGAUCGCAUGUUCCCAGCUUUCUAUGAUAGUAACAACAAUCCAGAUGCAGGACGACCACCAAGGCUAUCAAAUCUUUCUGAGCUAGAAAGCGAUCUCAACAGCUUUGAGUCGGCAAUGCAACCUGGUAGGAGAUCACUAGAUAUCACCUCCUCCCCUAGAUUGUCAUCAGUCUCCCAGGAAAAUGAAAGGCUCUCGUCAGUAUCACAAUCCAUGGACGAUGUGGAAGCUGAAAUGAGAAGGUUGAAGCUAGAGCUAAAACAAACAAUGGAAAUGUACAGCACAGCCUGUAAAGAAGCGCUUGUAGCACAACAGAAGACAAGGGAUCUACAAAUGUGGAAACUAGAAGAAGAGAGGAGGCUAGAAGAAGCAAGACUGGCUGAGGAAACUGCUUUGGCAAUAGCUGAGAAGGAGAAAGCGAAAACCAAAGCAGCUAUCGAAGCCGCUGAAGCUGCUCAGAGGAUUGCAGAGCUAGAAGCACAGAAGAGAAUCGACGCGGAGAUGAAAGCAAUUAAAGAAGCUGAAGAGAAGAAGAAAGCACUUGACACUAUCAUGCACUCUGAUGUCAGAUACAGAAAGUAUAGCAUUGAGGAUAUUGAAGCUGCCACUGAAAAUUUCUCCAACUCACGCAAAAUUGGAGAAGGAGGUUAUGGUCCUGUCUACAGGUGCAAUCUUGACCAUACACCUGUUGCCAUAAAGGUCCUUCGACCGGACGCUGCUCAAGGAAGGUCCCAGUUUCAGCAGGAGGUUGAGGUGUUGAGUUGCAUUAGGCACCCAAAUAUGGUCCUCCUACUGGGUGCUUGCCCGGACUAUGGAUGCUUGGUGUAUGAGUACAUGGCGAAUGGAAGCCUAGAAGACCGUCUCUUCCGACGAGGCAACACCCCUCCUCUAUCAUGGCAGCAGAGAUUUCGUAUCGCUGCAGAAAUUGGAACCGGCUUAUUAUUCCUCCACCAAACCAAGCCUGAACCCCUUGUCCAUCGAGACCUGAAACCAGGCAACAUUCUCCUUGACCGUAACUUCGUCAGCAAGAUCAGCGACGUCGGUCUGGCUAGGCUGGUCCCGCCUGCGGUGGCAGACAGCGUUACACAGUACCGAAUGACAUCCACUGCGGGAACAUUCUGCUACAUCGAUCCAGAGUACCAGCAGACAGGAAUGCUGGGGAUCAAGUCCGACAUUUACUCCCUCGGGAUCAUGUUCUUGCAGAUAAUCACUGCCAAGCCACCAAUGGGGUUGACACACCAUGUGGACAGAGCCAUUCAGAGGGACACGCUGGUUCAGAUGCUUGAUCCCGCUGUGCCUGAUUGGCCCAUGGAAGAGGCCAAGAAGUUUGCUCAGUUGUCACUGCAGUGCGCCGAGUUGAGAAGGAAGGAUCGGCCUGAUCUGGGGAAGGUGAUCUUGCCUGAACUCAACCGGUUGAGAACUCUUGCCGAGGAGAGUAUGCAGCAACAACAGCCUUUUUUUGCUGGCAAUACUCCCCUUCAUUCCCCGAGCUCCUCCCAGGUUUCUCUCAAACUAAAUGAGCCUGCUUCUGUAUAGAGCGGCUGUGGAAACUGGAAAUGAGCUGAAAUCGUGUACUGUUGACAGCAGCCAUGCCAGACCCCUGAAGAGGCGAAGAUGAAGAUUUGUACAUUGUGAUUCUUUUCUAUAAUUUUCCUCUUUUAUGUAUUUUCAUGGUGUAUAUAGUAGUUGUGGAUUGUGAGUAUUGGGUUGGCUCAAGAAUGAAGAAAGUAGCAACAUGAAAGAUUUUAAGAAUAAAGGAGCAAUUUAUCA